UUUUAUUGUCCUUCCAGUGUAAUGUGUUUCAGCCGACAGGGUGGUUGCGAUAAGGUUUCGCGCAUGUCCUUUGGAUCUAUGCAAAGUCAUACAAGACGGCUCAACAAUUAUUAUUCAAGAAUACAUGAAGGAUACCAUUCCAACGAAAGACUUGUUUUAUCACCCUGACAAUGACGUAUCCAAGAUCAGGGCGCGAACUUGAAGACACGUUUGUUCAGUUGUUUGGUCAGCCAAACGAACAAGACCCAAGAGGAUGCGAAAAAGAAAAUAAUUAUGCAAUAAGUCCGUUAAAUUAUAUCCAGAAAGAAGAUAAUUAUGCAACAAGUCCGCAAAAUUAUUGCCAAAGAGAAAAUUCAGUUACGAAUCGGCCAGAUUCUCCUUCAUUUUCAGUCAAUUUAGAUUCUUCCACACCAGAGCUGUGCCCCCAGCAGCAAAUAUGGGAACCCAGUUGCGUACUCGUUCAAACGAGCGUUCCGGGAGAUCUUUUCGGCAGUCGCUUUCCCACACACGUCGCUUAUCCCAGUAUAAAGAACAUUGCUAAUCUAGUGAAUGCGUGUGCUACAACGCCGCGUGAAGAUUCUGCGAUGUUCGGCUCCUAUAAUCUUGAUUCACCGACACCUCCCCCAGAAGAUCCGGGGACCAGACCCAUUGCUGAUCUAAUAUCGCCAAGUAGCAGGAUGGGCAUGCAACAGGCGUUUAGAAGAAACCUUGAUUACUUUGCCGAUCACGAAAAAUCAGUUUCCAGAGGCAGUUCACGUGAUACACAAGGCGACAACAGAAGUAUAUGUCAUAGAAACAAGUCCAGUUCACAUUCUGAUUUAACUGAUCACAGAGUCAGGUCCACUUCAUGUGAUGUUUUAACAGAUUGUAAAAACCAGUCCAGCUCAGGAGAAGUUACUGAUUAUAUAGACAAAUUCAGUUCACGUGGAGUUGUAACUGAUUAUAGAAACACGCCCAGUUCAAGUGGAGUUGUAACUGAGUCUAGAAACACGUCCAGUCCACGUGGAGUUGUAACUGAUUAUAGAAACAAGCUCAGUCCACAUGGAGUUGUAACUGAGUCUAGAAACACGCCCAGUCCACGUGAAGUUGUAACUGAUUAUAGAAACAAGCUCAGUCCACAUGGAGUUGUAACUGAGUCUAGAAACAAGCUCAGUCCACAUGGAGUUGUAACUGAGUCUAGAAACACGCCCAGUUCAAGUGGAGUUGUAGCUGAUUAUAGAAACACGCCCAGCUCAAAUGGAGUUGUAACUAAUUAUAGAAACACGCCCAGUUCAAGUGGAGUUGUAACUGAUUUUAGAAACACGUCCACUUUAGGUGGAGGUGUCACUGGUUAUAGAAACAAGCUCAGUCCAUGUGGAGUUGUAACUGAUUAUAGAAACACGCCCAGUUCAAGUGGAGUUGUAACUGAUUAUAGAAACACGCCCAGUUCAGGUGGAGUUGUAACUGAUUAUAGAAACACGCCCAGUUCAAGUGGAGUUGUAACUGAUUAUAGAAACAUGUCCAGUUCAGGUGGAGUUGUAACUGAUUAUAAAGAAAGGCCAGUCUUGCGCGAUGCACCUGAUUAUAGAAAUACACCCAAAUCAGGUGUUGUAAUGGAUCACAGAACCAAGUCCAGCCCAUGUCAUACUUUAACUGGUUGUAGAAAAAAAUCUGCAUCGCGUUCUGUUGGAACCAAGUGUAGAAACUCAUCCAUCUCAAGCGAUGUAACUGAAAAUACAAAGAUGUCUACUUCACGUGAUGUUGUCUCAGAUUACAGAAAUAAAUGUAGUGCAGGUGAUAUUGUAACUGAUCAUAGAAACAAGUCCACUUCUAGUGAUGUAACUGAUUUUACAAAUGCGCCAAGUUCACGUGGUGAUGUUUCUGAUUAUAGAAACAAGUUCAGUUCAGGUGUUAUUGUAACUGAUGACAGAAACAAGUCCACUUCUAGUGAUGUAACUGAUUUUACAAAUGCGCCAAGUUCACGCGGUGAUGUUUCUGAUUAUAGAAACAAGUUCAGUUCAGGUGUUAUUGUAACUGAUCACAGAAACAUGUCCACUUCACAUGGUACAACUCGUCAUAGAUCAAUAUUCGGUUUACACGAUGUAACUGAUCAUAGAAAUAAGUCUACUUCACUUGAUACAACUGAUUGUAAAAACGUGUCCAGUUUACAUGUUGUAAUUGAUCACAGAAAAAGGUCCACUUCACGUGAUACAACUGAUUGCAGAUACAUGUCCUGUCCACGUAAUUUCACUGAUUAUAAAAAAAAAAUCAAUUCAUAUGAUACAUCUGUUUUCAAAGACAUGUUGUCUGCUUCACACAAUUUAACUGACCACAGAAGCAAUUUCAGUUCAGGUGAUGUGGUGACUGAUCACAGCAACAAGUCCCCUUCCAGUUAUACAUCUGGUUGUAAAGACUACGUCGUGUCUGCUUCACGUCAUUUUACUGAUCAUAGAAACAACUUCAAUUCAGGUUAUGUUGUAACUGAUCAUAAAAACAAGUCUACGUCGCAUGAUACAACUGAUUGUAGAAAUGUGUCUGGUUCGCGGAAUGUAACUGAUUAUAGAAACAAAUCCAGCCUGUGUGAUGGUCUAAGUGGUUAUGAAAAACAGUUCAUAUCAAGUGAUGUUGUAACUGAUUGCACAUACCACGUGUCCAGUUUGGGUGAUGCAACUGAUUACAGAAACAAGUCCAUAUCCAGCAGUAACUUCAGUGAAAGAACUUUUGAUGAAGAAAUAUUUUCAGAUCUCAAAUCUCCGAACAGAUAUGUGGAAUGUCAAAGCAUGUUCACCUCAAGUGAUGUUGCAACUGAUGGUAGAUACAAAUCCAGCUCAGGUGAUGUAACUGAUCGUAGAAGCAAGUCCAUAUCCAGCAAUAAUUUCAGUGAAAGAACGUUUGAUGAAGAAACAUAUUUAAACCUUAAAUCUCCUAACACAUACUUGGACAUUUGGGAAGGAAAUUUGUUGCCUCUUAACACAAGUAUUAAUGCUAGUGAAUAUGACACGCCAACACAGGGAAGUAAUAAUGGGGGUACAUUUUCUGAAUGCAAAAAGAUAUUGUCUGACAAAACCGCUGACACCAAUUUCACUGAUUGCGAGACGCCAUUGUUUAAUAGCAGCAGCACAGAGACAUUCAUUGAUUGUGCAACGUCAUUCACUAAUAUCAACGCUGGUGGCAACGUCAGUGUUUGUAGAACCCCAUCAAACAAUAGUGAUUUUAUCGAUUGUGAAACAUCGGCAUCUUGGUCCAACAAUGUUCGUAAGUCCACUGCUCGUAGAACACCAUCGUGCACUAGCACCGCUGGGGAACAUUUCAGUGAUGCUACAUUUGUUGCCUGUAGAACUCCUUCAUUUAACAGUCAAGUUGGGGAGAACUUCACAGACUGUGACACGUGGUCGUCAUCGAGUGACACAAAUGAAAGUAUUGUUACAUGCAAAUUGUUGCAGUCACCGGGAGCAGUCAAAGCUGGUAACGGUUAUAACAUUUAUAGAACGACUUCCUGUACUAACAACCUGGAUGAAAGCUUCAUCGAUUGUGAAUGCUUUUCACCUUUGGACAGCACUGUUGAUGAUUUUACUGUGAGUAGUCGAUCACCUAGCAAUAAUGGAGAUGACAUUAGUGCUGACAGUAGAGUACACAGAAACACUGAUAAUAAUGAUAUUGAUUGCAACAGAACACCCACAAACAUUGGUGAUAACUUUAUUACAGCUUUCUGUAUUACACCUAGCAACACUGGUGAUGAGUUCACUGUUUAUGACGUAACAGCUGGCAACACUGGUGAUGAGUUCACUGUUCAUGACGUAACACCUAGCAACACUGAUGGUGAUUUGUCUAUUCAAAGCAUAACGCCCAGCAAAAUUGGUGAUACCUUUUCUGUUCAUAGCAUAACACCUAAUAAUUCUGGUGAUGGAUUUACAGGUCGUAGAAGAAAACCCAGCAACUCUGCUGGUAACUUCACACCACAUAGUUACGACAAUGAUGAUGUUUUUGGUAGCAUAAUGUCAUCUUUGGAUAGCAGUUAUGGCAAUGCUGGUAUUUCUCCUGAAACCUUUGUAUUCAGCUGUACAGAAAGUGUUUUGUCUUGUAACCUGUCACCAUAUGGCAGCGUGGAUGUUGAUCAGGCAAAGUCUCCAGUCACUAAAGAAAACAGCAAUGUGUUCAAGCCUACUGUCCCAGUAUCACCAGCAUAUGACUCUGGUCAAGUAAAUGGUUUUGUAAUGCCAAUGUCUGAUUGUUUUGAGAAGGAUACCAGAGAUGAAGGAGACGAAGGAGUUAAAGCAGCUGGAAGUAACAACAAGACUAGUGAUAAAGCCAUUGAAUGUAAAUCAUUGCUACCAAGUCACCAGAUCACAAACGUUAAUAUAGAUGAUAUAACAGAUGAUACGACCAAGGACACAUGUCUAUUCACUGUCUCAACAUCAAGUCCUGCUGGUUUAAGUGCUGUGACCUUGGCACACAUGGCUGGUGAUGUCAAAGAUGUGGAAUGUGAGUCACCAAAGUCAGUAAAAGUACAGAGGUCAGAUACAAAUGUCUUAGUCACUGCACAACAUAUACCAGAUAAAACUAUUUUAGUAACUGCACAAGAUAUGCCAGAUAAAACUGUUUUAGUACCUGCACAAGAUAUGCCAGAUAAAACAGAGUUCGACAACAUACAAGAUACAUCAGAUACAACUGUGUUAGUCACUGCACUAGAUAUAUCAGAUGCACCUAUAGUGGUCACUGCACAAGAUAUAUCAGAUGAAACUGUGUUAGUUGAUGAAAAAGACAUAUCAGAUGAAACUGUGUUAGUCAAUGCAGAAGAAAUAUCAGAUGAAACUGUGUCAUCCACUGCACAAGAUACACAAGAUAAAACUAUGUUGAUCAAUGCACAGGAUAUACCAGAUACAACUGUGUCAGUCAAUGCUCAAAACAUACCAGAAUCCUCAGCACAUGGACAAUCAAAGAGAGAUACAGAAGAUGCAUGUGAAACAUCUGCAGACAGGCGACUGCCGCAGUCAUCACACGAUUCCACAGCUUGUGCUCACGUAGCAGCAUGUAAUAUGGAUAAUAUGUCACUGGAGAUAUGUUCGGCUGGAGACGACUAUCCCAAUCCAGAAUAUACAACAGUUUUGGAAUCGCUGUGUAGUAGUAGUAGUAGUAUUACCACGAAGGACCCUAUUCAAGCUGUGUCAGCCAGUGAUGUGUCUGAUAUUGUAAUGCAAAAAGAAAGUAACAUUUCGAAUGACAAUAGGCCAGUUCCCGAUAUGCAGAAUCAAGCCACCAAAUUGGUCAGCCUUGAUUACGGAAGCGCACAUUCCUUGAUGCACAAUGAACAGAAGGAAACACCAAGUGUGGAGAUGUCAGCAUCAGAAGAAUUAACCAGCCCAAAUACUUCUGAUACAUCAAAGUGUGAUUUAGGAGAUUUCACAGGAGGUGAUGUUACAUUGAUAAAAGAACUUACUAUAAAUGAUUCACUUGUUGAUGGUUCACAGAGCAAACAAGAUGAACUAUCGAACCAAAUAGUUCAACAAAACGAAUGUGGGGAUGGUGACCAAACAGUGCUUGGUUAUAAACAUGAAGAUACGGGUGCUGAUUCAUGCCCUGGUGUUGAUGAAAACCCUCUUUGUUUGAUACAAAAGAUAAAUAAAAGCAAUGCUGGUGGUAAACAAGAUGCCUUAGAGUUCAUAACAUCACCUGGAAAAGACUCUUCUCCCAAAUGCCAGUUGGAACAUGUAGGAAAUAAGAAUUCAUUAACAGAUAUAGGAUCACCCAAAACGUCAAGAAACCAGCUGGUACUGAACCGUUCAUCCACAAGGAUGCAUUCUCCAAGAAUGUCCAGGACCCGGCUACUAAAUAGGAAUUCAUCAGCUUGGAUCUACUCGCCCAAGAUAUCCAGGACCCAGCUAGCAAAGAAAAAUUCAUCAACUGGGUUAUGCUCUCCCAAACUGUCCAGGACCCGGCUCCUGAAUAGAAAUUCAUCAGCUGGAAUAAACUCUCCAAGAAUGUCCAGAACCCAGCUAACAAAUACAAAUUCAUCAGCUGGCACACGCUCUCCCAAGAUCUUAAGAAUCAAUUUAGGAAAUAAGAAUUCAUCAUCUGGGCUCUGCUCUUCUAGGAUGUCUAGAACCCAGCUUUCUCCCAAAAUGUGUAGAAGACGAGUAGGAAAUAGAAACGCAAAUGGCAUAACAUUUGGUGUCAUGCCAGCAGAGUACAGCACCUCAUCACUUGAUCCUACUGACAGUGCACACUCUUCGUUUUUGUCCUGUGCAUCGUUUCACACAUUUAGCAACCCAUUACCAGAAUGUAAUAGCUUCACGGAAAUGCCACUGUGCAGUGAACUAGGACCAAAGAUUACAAACAUCAAUACGAAAUCAGACUCUGUAAGAAUUGCUAUUCCCAAUACAUCAAUGGUGCUUGAUAUUAAAGUACAAAAAAGUGAUUCAGUUUCAAUGGGGUCCGGAUGUUGUAGUCGCAGUGCCUCAAAGGUAAUAAUCGAGGUUUUUGGAGCUAACAUGACUGUCGGUAAAAGCAGAAGUAGAAAUGAAAUAAUUUGUUCACCUUGCCCAGUGGAUGAUGGGGUCGUGGAUCAGGUUCUUGUUGAGUGUAUUUCAAAUGCUGUAGACAUCUGUUCAGCCAGAAAGGACAGAGCAUGUCAAGCUAAUUGGAUAACACCUGAAACGGUCAGCAACAUAGUUUGUGAUGACUUAAACAAUGUCGUCCAGUCGUGGGUAGUCACAACAAGUGAUGGAAACCAAUUUCAAACUGAUACCAUAGAAAUCAGUCCUGGACCCUCAGCCGUGAUCUGCAUGGACACUGCCCAGCCAAGUGAGUUCACGCUACAGAGUGGACAAGAGAUGUAUAGAUCAUCUGUGGAAAGCAACCAGCUACAGUUUGGUGGUCUGAAAAACAAAGGGUGGCAGAGUGAGGAAUCUGUGAUUGUUGAGCAACCAAAGGGACCCGGCUUAUCUCGAUAUACUUACAAAAGUGUGGAGGAAAGGUCUCAAGAUUCAAGCUGUGGGUCAAGGUCACCGAAACCAGGUUGCUUCAGGAUAUGUUUCAAAAAGCGCGCAAAGUCGCCAGGUAGACAAGAGCUCGUUCUACAGACUGUGUCACGGGGAUCACAGAAAAGUGAAUAUGAGUACCAGUGGACAGCCAUGGACGAUAACCAGGAUGAAUGUGGAACAUUGAGAUCCCCCAAUGAUUCUGUUCACGAAAGAAGAAGUUUAUUCUCAAGGUCGAGUAGUGGUAAGUCUCCAGAGUGUGUGGAAUCCGUGACGAAAGUUCGUGAAAUAAGCGUGCAUUCGUCAUCACCUGGAAGUCGUUGCAGAUCACCUCACCGCACUGAGUCAGUAACUAAAAUUCAUGAAGUGUCUGUUCAUUCAUCACCAAGAUGCAGCAGAAAAUGCUCACCGAGUGUUGAGUCUAUCACGAAGGUCAGUGUGCAUUCAUCGCCUGGAGUUAGCAAAAGGUCCUCUUCUAGAAGUGUAAGCAUAUCCCCUCAACGGGUUGAGUCAGUCACAAAGAUUAAGGAAGUCACUGUUGUUUCGUCGCCUCGAAGUAGUAGAAGAUCCUCACUUGAAGGUAGUAGAAAAUGCUCACCUAGAAUUAGUAGAAGAUGUUCACCUGAAGUUAGUAGAAGAUCCCAGUCGGUCACAGAAAUUAAUGAAGUGUGUGUGCACGAAUCAUCACCUAAAUCUAUUAUCAAUAAUGACACAUGCACAAAGGUUUACAUCGCGAGGGAGUGUUCAGAAUCAUCUGAAGACUACUGUGAUGAUGAAGAUGACUCCUUCGGCAAUGCUCGUGGAGUACUUAUACAUUCGAAAUCACCUGGCUUUGGAUGUCCAGAAGAAUGUGAAUCUUAUACAAAGAUCACUAAAAUAAAUGUAUGUUCAACCGACAGCUCAUUGUCCCUUGACGAAUGUGAUUCUCUGACAAACGUUCACUCAAUAAGAGUUCAUUCUCGAAGUCCUAGAAAUAGAUGUCGAGAUGAGGGUGAGAAUGUUAGACAACUCUUUCGUCAGAUGUCUGCAGUGAACUUAAAAGAUGUUGAGGAUGAUAUAUUGGACAUGCCGUGUCCUAGGCGUAGAGCAAAAAGUACCUCUUCUGUGAGGAGAAGUAUCAACAAAUUCUUCUCCCACACAUCCACCAUCUCACUAUGCGAAUACAGAAGCGUGGAAGAAGAAAUAUAUCCAAAAGAAGUACUAAAAAAACUAAAACACCUGGAGUAUGCGAUAUAUAUGAUUCGCGUGCCUGUACAACCAACAGUGAAAAUUUACAAAGCUCAUAUGCUCAGCGAUUCAUUUUGUGACAAAGCGGAAAGAGGUUCCAUCAGGUUUAGAUCAUCUUCAACAACGCAGUGCUCAGAAUUGAAUACUUCAUUCGAUACAAACACUCAGGUUUUUUCACAAGGCAGUGAUCAUGGAAAGAAUGUAACAGUCAGUAAGACACACAUACUGCAUACUAUUGAAUCAAGAAUUAAAGGCACUGUAUCUCACCUGGAGUCUUUUGUCAACGAAAAUGUGCACCCAAUCAUCGCACAUUCCUUGAAUGCUGCUAUCUUAGAUAUAAGACGACAAAUAAAUGCAUUGCCAGACAACGUCUGCUGCCGUGUCCAAGCCAUAUGCGCCCCAAUUGCCUGUCAAAGUGUGUGUCGUAGUGUUUGUGGACAGCCUGUCAGCGAAACUGUGUGCCAAACUGUGUGUCAGCCAGUUGUAUGCCAAACUGUGUGUCCGCCAGUUGUAUGCCAAACUGUGUGUCCGCCAGCUCUGAGUCACAGUGUUGAUAGGGUAACGAAAACCAAAUUCAUUGACGAUGGGAAAGCUUCAAUGUAUCAGCGGAUUUCUAGAAAUACAGACGUCUGUAAACCCUCAUCUUCGGCUGGUUCCACGAUAAUUAUUCCCCAGCACACUUCAAUAUCAAAUCCAAACACUUCAACAGUAAUCAUUCCCCAGCGUACCUCAGGGUCCCAUACACGACAGGUUCACAUUGAAGUUGCUGGUGCACCAUGCCGUUCGAGGUGGAAACAGUGUAAUAGCCUCUCACAGACAGCAGGUUGUGUAGCUAAAUGGGCUAUAGAAUCGUCCCAAAAGGAACUGCACUUCAUACUGGAGAGAGAACAAGGGGACUCUGGUUUACAGGAUAUUACAGUAAUAACGAAAGAGAGGCUUGCAAACGAAGUCGUCCUAUCUGGAAGCAUGGAAGAUCAGUCCAAGAGUCUGUGCGGGGAUGCAUACAGACAACGUUGUGAGGGCGAAAGGCAAUGUGCAGGAGAAACGCAUGAAACAGAAGCACAAAAACUUACAUCUCUAUUCCUGGAUGCAGUGGUUUGCGAAAUUAAAGCGAGGCUUGACCAAAAGGAAUGUAACUCUGCUAUGAACAAAGGAAGCAGCAUGGACAGUGUUAUUGCUGCACAUGCUAUUUGGUUGGUCGAGGAGGUAAUGGACAAAGUAGUGUGCGAUGUGCAGAACCAGUUAAUCACCUCACAGCAAGAUCCACGGACACCUCGUUGUUUGGUCGAUGUUUUUGGCUGUUUGUUUGGUAUUGAAGUCAUCGAUACCCUUAAAGAAGCAGUGUAUAAUGCUAUGUACGAAACUGAGCUUGACAAUCCUAAUAGCUGUCACAAUGUACGGUGGCCAGGGGAUUCAAGAUCGAACACCUCCUGUAAAGUAAUUUAUGGACCCGAUGGUUCACCACACUCCAUUCGCAGAUCCGUCAAUGAUUUUACUAUUUCCAUAACGAAAGGUUUAAGUGAAGAAGCUAGGAGAGCAGAAGAACUGCGGAGAGCAGAAGAUGCGAGAAGACUUGAAGAGGCUCUACUAGCUGAAGAACUUAGAAGAGCCGAGGAUGAUAGACGAGCAGAAGAAUUUGCCUUGCAGACGGCAAGGCUCGAAGAACUGGAGAGGCAAGCAGCUGAAGACAUGGAAAGGGCAAAGCUUACAGCUCUUGAAAAAGAGAGGCUUGGUGUACUUAACGCAGAGGAAAGGUCAAGGUUUGAAGAUGCUGAACGGGCAAGGCUUGAAGCUCUUGACAGAUCCAAACGUGAUGCGAUUGAUAGGGCGCGGCUCGAGAAAGAGCUUGCAAGGUUAAAAGCUCAGUUAGAAGACGAUAAGGAUGAGCUGUUGAAACAACGUUUUUCGAAAGAAGAAAAGUUCAUGAGGAAAACGUUAGCUCAUACAAAAACAGGUGAUUCAGAGGCAGAGAGAAUAUUUGAGAAACAUUUGAACAUGGCAUUAAGUCGUCAAGCAUCUAUGGUAGCGAAGAAGGCUUUGGUUUCUGCUUUGUUGGUGGCAAAUCUAGAGAAGAAAAUACAUUAUGGUCUUUUGGUACUUAACAUUGAAUAUGCACUGAAUGUGAAGAUGACGUCUAAAAAACUAGACUCAAAGAAGAUGUCCAAAGACACCAAAAAGUUGAUCAAAGACUUUGUGCAUGAUAAGGAUGACAAUGAGGUCCGACUGCUUAGUGUAAAAGGACAAAGGAUCAGGGGAUAUGACGUGAAGCUUAAUCUGGAAAACCGAGAUUUAAGUGUAUACUCGCGUCCGUCCCAAGGCUCCAUUCCAUCUUACGUCAGCUCCGAUAUACGCAUGAGUAAAAAAUGAGUACAUUAACGACUCAGAAGGAUAGUAGUUACCUCCUUAGUGAAAAAGAUAACUGGCAUUUUCCUUUUAAAUAGGAUAGUGGUUAUCUCCCUUACAAUACUUACACUAUAUUGAACCGUGUUUGAAGAGACACUUAUAUGACAGUCACUUGUACUUAGAGUAUGAUUCUCAAAUAAGCUGGCACUGUGCUAAUGUUUUGGGUUCUUUUCUUUAUUAUAUACAGUCGAACCUGUCCAUAACGAACAUUAUAGUUCCUGAGUACAAUAAAUAAGCUGUUAUUUGCUCUUUAUUGUACAGUGAUAUAUGGUAUAAGAUACGUUAUGAUACAUCUGUUCAUAGAGGGUAGAUGGUAUUCUGUUUCCCCAAAAUAAGUCGAUUAUGAUAUCUUUCAUAUAUUGCAAAGUGUACUUGGUUUAAAGAAAAUCAUGUGAACAAGCACCUGUUUAAAGGACAGUUCAGUCUAAACGUAGGAUAAAUGAGUUAGCUAAUGAUUCGUUAUCACUAUAACAAUAGUCGAACGUAGUAUUCGACACACCUGUGUUUAAAAAUAUAAAAGGCAUGUAGAAACCAGGGUGGGUAAAAACCGGGGUGGGGUGGGGUGUGAGUGGUGGAGCAAGACCACAAUCUACAUUGGAGGUCCAUAAUUUUCUUUUUGUCUUCUUAUACACAUAUAGUAGAAAUAAACUAUUUCUCCAAAUGCUAGAAAACCACAUUUUAGUCGGGGAGAGGGUAGUUGACAAAACGGGGGCAUACCUAAUCAUAUAUAUAUAUAUAUAUAUAUAUAUAUAUAUAUAUAUAUAUAUAUAUAUAUAUAUAUAUGGUUUGUCCAGCUAAACUGACAUGGUAAUUAUAAACUAAAAGGGAAUUUUAUGAAGAAUUUUGGAAAUAACCGCUAGGAAUAAAAUGCAAUGUCGUGACCAUUAUGACAGAUGUUUUUACAAUCGUGGUAGUGCUACAGACUCUCUUCAUAGCCUAUAACAACAGCCACGUGUGCAGGAAUUUUAUCAGGGCCGAGUAAUGCUCCUCCAGAAAAUAAUAUGUUAAGAAGAAAUAAAAUUUGCAUGAACAGUGAGAGGUUUCGACCCCCGAAAUCCUCCCCCUAAAACACGCCUGACUAAUGGGUGGGGAAAAUAAGGAAUCGUGGGUCUGGGUGUGGGGAGAUGAGUCACUAAAAGAAAAUAUUCUCAUUGAAAUAUUCUGUAAUGUAUUCAUUUAGUGCAAUUUUGUUCAUUUGUUAUUCAACGAUGUGGUGGGGAAUUUCCGCCCCGAAAUUUGUUUAGUUUAAAACGUUCUGUUUGGCUGGAUAUCAUCAUAGAUUACUGUGUCCCUGUUUUAAAAUUUAAUUUUAUUCAUUUAUUUUUUAUUAAAAACCCCAAUUUACCUGAAAAUAAGUUUUCAUUUAAAAAUGAAAAUACAAUAUAGAAAUAUCUUUACAAAUUGUUCAUUAAAAAGUGCAAGUACAUUGGCCCUUAUAGUGUUUACAUUAUAACCCAGUGUUUUCAAAAUAUGUUACCCAUUGUUCGUUCCAUCCAGUGCACUAUGACUGGUAUAUCAACCGUGGCGUGUGCUAUCUGUGGGAUGGUGCAUAUAAAAGGUCCUUUGCAACUAAUGGAAAAAUGUAUAUUGAGUUCCCCCUCUAAGACAAAAUGUGAACAUUGCUAAAUGUUUGACACCCAAUAGCCGAUGAUUAAUACAUCAAGGUAUUCUAGUAGUGUCGUUAAACAAAACUCCCCACCUAUUUGAAGAUAUUUGUUAUUUGUAUUAACAAAUAACAAUGGUGCAUAUGGUAUGCGUUAAGUUAGCAAAAUGAGUAGGUGCUGACAUUGUUAUUAUUUCGUGUGUUUUUCUGUUAUUUUAAUGUGUUUUAUUGUUGUGUUUGGGUCAUUUUAAUAAGUGUUGUUAUUACUCAUUUUGGAAUGCGUGUUAUUGUAUUUAGGUCAUUCCAAUGCGUGUUAUUGAAUUUAGGUCAUUCCAAUGCGUGUUAUUGAAUUUAGGUCAUUCCAAUGCGUGUUAUUGAAUUUAGGUCAUUCCAAUGCGUGUUAUUGUAUUUAGGUCAUUUUAAGACAUACGUUAUGAUACGUGUUAGUCGUUUAUGUAAUAUGAAAUGUAUGUUAUUGUCUGUAUGUCUUUUUAUUAUGUAUUUGUCGUUUGUAUGUGUGUACUGUUGCAUCUUUUUUAACAUAAAGAAAAUAGUUAUGUUCUAGUUGUAUAAAGACUUGGUGAAAUAAAAUAUAUGUAUGACUAA